AGUGCAUUUCGAGUGUUGCAGCACAAACGUCGUUGUUUACUUCGAUAUUAAAAAAAGAAAUUGUUUUUAAUGAAAUUUUCAAUUUUUUUUUAACUCACUGGAUAAAAGUGCGACUUUGAUAUGAACCCAGUGCGAUCUCGAUCUUUUCGUUUCGAUGACUUUUACAAGUAUCAUAAUGCCACGAGGUUUGGAGAAUUUCGAGAGUUUUUUGUAAUCGUGGCUGCUGCUGGAUUCUUAAUAGUCUCUUUGGCGAGCGCCGAAGAAAAUUUCGAAAAAUGUCCCAACAGUGCGAACGCUACGUUUCGUGGUUACAGGCUUCUCUACGACUAUUUAAGGAGUGGGAGCAAUGCACUCAGAAAUUCUGACAAAACUAUCACCAUCGGCUUUCUUGGAUCUUACGGACGAAGUCAGGUUAUCCUCGGAGCUCUGCCACUCGCCGUUGCCAGAGUCAACGAAGAUCCAAAUCUUUUGCCUGGAUACAAAUUGAACUUUUUAGCAGCUGACAUAGGGCGGGGCGACGAUGCACUUUCCCACACUGCAUUGAGCAUAAGAAUAAUGACGGAAAUGCAAGAUUCCGGCGUCGUCGCUUUCAUCGGUCCCGACGUAUUUUGCAAAAUCGAGGCACUCGUUGCCGCAGCUUGGAACUUGCCACUCAUCUCUUACAAAUGCGAAGAUCCGGAAGUCUCGAACAGCAACGUUUUCUAUACAUUCGCAAGAACUUUGCCGUCGACCAGUAAAAUUGGCAAAAGUGUCGUCGCCCUCCUGAGAACUUACGGAUGGAACAAAGUGGUCGUUUUGUACGGCACUGUCCGUUCGACGAGCGACAACAAAUUGAACGAUUAUCUUACGACUUAUGGAAUUCAGGUUACGGGAACUUACACUGUGAACGAUUAUAUUCCGAUGUUUGAGAGCAAACUCGACGCUAUCGUGACGGGAACUUAUCGGAAAACUCGAAUAUACGUUUUCGUUGGAGAACACAUCGCGCUCGUGGAUUUUGUAAAAUGCUUGCAAAAACGGCGCCUCUUGUACACCGGAAAAUACGUCGUUAUUUCCGUCGACGACAAAAUUUACGAUCCGCGUAAACAAAAAGAAAUGACUCAGAGAAACUACAUCGAUCCCUAUCUCCCGGAUCGAAACAUGUCCGAAGACAUAAAAUUCGGAUUUCGUUCUGUACUAAAACUAACUCCGACUCACAUAAAAAAUCCAAAUUUCCAGUCAAUUUCUGAACGAAUCAAAGAGUACUCGGUGCGAUGGCCGUUCUGUGUGCCGUAUCACAGUGAAAUAUUCAAAACAAUUGCAGUACCCAUUCAAGCGGCGCAUCUGUAUGACGCUGUUAUGAUUUAUGCGCAAGCAGUUACCGAAAUUUUGAAAGCAGGCGAAGAUCCACGCAACGGUUCAGCCAUUCAGAGACGAAUACGAAAUCGCAGCUAUCACUCGAUCCAAGGAUACGACGUAUUCAUCGAUGAGAACGGUGACGCCGAAUGUAAUUUCACCGUCGUUACCUUGCUCAAGGAUUAUUCAUCGGGUGACAGGAGAGCGAAACGGUCGAUGCAACCGGUCGGCUAUUUCCAUUACGAUAACAACGGUUCCGGUGGACUACCGAUGUUCAAAUACACCGAUUCUAGGAGAGAAAUCGAGUGGGUCGGAAAGGGACCACCGACGGCUGACCCGAUCUGCGAUUAUCCCGGCGAUGAUCUGUGCGACGAAGAAACCAAGGACUCGAAUGGAUCCUGGAAAAAAAUAAACGAUUGGAGCGAUUGGAGACUAUAUUUAGCACUUUCAGCGUUUGUUGGAAUGGUCGUGAUAUCAGCAGCUUUUGCUUUCAAGCACUAUCGCUACGAGCAGAAACUUGCGUGCAUUUUGUGGAGAAUCGAGCUCAACAGCUUAACGAUGUUGCCUGACGAGCCGAGUGAUUUACAGCAAAAUGGAAAAAAUUCCCGCUUCGAGACGUACGGUUGUUCCUCACGAACUUACACUAAAGUGGCUCUUUAUCGUGAGAAUUUGGUCGCAGUGAAGGAGGUUCACAAAAAAACAAUGGACCUUACAAGAUCGAUAAGAAAAGAGUUGAAACAAAUUCGGGAAGUGAGACACGAGAAUUUGGUCCAUUUCGUCGGUGCUGUCGUCGAAGCGGGGGCUAUUUUCAUCGUUACGACGUACUGCGCCAGAGGAUCGCUCCAGGACAUUUUGAGGAACAGUGAUCUUCGUCUGGACACGAUGUUCGUGUCGUCCCUCAUCGGUGAUUUGCUCAGGGGAAUGAUUUACCUUCACGACAGCGAAAUAGGAUCACACGGAAAUUUGACAAGUACCAAUUGUCUGGUGGACAGUCGUUGGAUACUCCAAGUAUCGGACUUUGGUCUGAACGAAUUUAAGGCUGGAAGCGAGGAGCCGAAUGGCCUCGUUAAAUUGCAGAACAAAAAGUUGUACAUGGCGCCUGAAAUAUUGAGGAAUCCGUUGCCAUGUCCGAAGGGUACUCAAAAGGGUGACGUUUACAGCCUAGGCCUGGUGCUCUACGAAACGAUGACACGUCGAGAUCCCUGGCAGGACACUCUUCUCAGUCCUAUCGAAAUAAUCCAGGGAAUUCGUAGCGGUCAAUUACUCAGACCGGAUCUUGGCAGGCUCAAAUCAGUGUCUGGCUAUGUCAGAAAGUGCAUUGCUUCCUGCUGGCAGGAAGAAUCUGACCGACGUCCUGAUAUGAAACUCGUAUCUGUGGUACUCAAACCAAUGCAAUCAGGAUUAAAGUCCAAUAUUUUUGAUAACAUGUUAGCAAUGAUGCAAAAAUACACUUGCAAUCUCGAGGAUCUUGUGCAAGAGAGAACGAACGAGCUGAUGGGAGAGAAAGAAAAAACUGAUGCGCUCCUUCAUCGCAUGUUUCCACGAACUGUCGCUGAAUCGUUGAAACGUGGAGAACCGAUCGAAGCGGAGAGUUUCGAUUCGGUAACGAUUCUGUUCAGUGACAUUGUCGGAUUUACCGAAUUGGCAGCGAACAGUACGCCUCUCGAAGUUGUUACGUUGUUGAAUGAACUUUACACUUAUUACGACUACAUCAUCUCCCAUUAUGACGUGUACAAGGUCGAAACUAUCGGAGACGCUUACAUGGUCGUUUCCGGUCUGCCCAUAAAAAACGGCAACAAACAUGCCGGGGAAAUCGCGUCCAUGGCUCUUCACCUGCUGAGACGAAUUCGAAGGUUUGAAUUACCUCAUAAGCCGGGCGAAGGUCUGCAAAUUCGAGUCGGAAUUCAUUCCGGCCAAUGCGUCGCCGGUGUCGUUGGAUUGAAAAUGCCACGGUAUUGUCUAUUCGGUGACACUGUCAAUACAGCAUCGAGAAUGGAGUCCUCAGGCUUGCCAUUGAAAAUUCACAUGUCCGAGGAAACGUGGAAAUUGUUGCAAAAACUCGGCGGCUACGAAACUGAGGAACGUGGGAUUAUUCAUAUCAAGGGAAAAGGAAACAUGAAAACGUACUGGUUGAUAGGCGAAGAUCCUCUGCAACGUCAGAACAGGAUUUACGAUUCGGUGACCCACUUGCACCACUCACACUUCGGCUCGUCCUACUCGCUCUCAUUCGACGGGCUUCCAAACUCUUCGGAAGCAGGCAACAAACACAAUUUUCAGGAACUCCUAGGAGGAAAAAGAGCUUCAUGAUUAUUCGUAGAAUGAGAUUUUUCUGUACUCGUGACUGUCAAUUAUGAAAUAUUGUCGUUGGAUAAUAAUGAUGUUUGUUAAUAAAGAAAUUAAGUGAGAAA